UUGGUUAUUCCAAAAUCAGAAACUACUGCAAACGCCAACCAAUUGAAAGCCAAGAGAGCUGCUUUCCGGAGAGCAGCAAUCUAUCUCACCCCCGAAUAUAGGCGUACGGCCAAUCGUCUUCAACGAGAAGUCUGCCGCCGGAACUUACCCUCCACAGCAUCUGACCCUAUCACUGUGUCCAAUGAUAAGAUUUCAUCCCUCAUCAAAGGAAUUAAGCCCAGAAAGUCUCCGGGCGCGGAUGGCAUCUUAGCCAAUCCAAGCCCUUAA